AUGAGGGCCGGGUGGCUGGGCUGCGUCCUGCUGGGCUGGUGCUUGGCGUGGCGCGGGGGCCAGGCGCAGAGGGCGGCCGGCGGGGGCGGGGGCGAGUACUGCCACGGCUGGGUGGACGCGCAGGGCCGGGACUACGAGGGCUUCGCCUGCCCGGAGCGCUUCGACACCCCCGACGCCACCAUCUGCUGCGGCUCGUGCGCCCUGCGCUACUGCUGCGCCGCCGCCGAGGCGCGCCUGGAGCAAGGCGGCUGCACCAACGACCCCGAGCCCGACCAGCCGCCCGCCAGCGCCCAACCAGUCUACGUGCCUUUUCUUAUCGUUGGAUCAAUAUUUAUUGCCUUCAUUUUUGUGGGCUCCCUGGUCGCAGUUUAUUGCUGUACAUGCCUAAGGCCUAAGCAAACUUCGCAGCAGCCCACCCGAUUCUCUCUCCAGAGCUACCAGAUGGAGACUUUACCGAUGAUCCUGACCUCCAUGAGCUUAAGGACUCCAUCGCGACAAUCCAGUACAGCAACUAGCUCAAGUUCUACUGGGGGCUCCAUCCGCAGGUUUUCAUUUGCCAGGCCGGAGUCCGGGUGCAUCAUGGCCUCUUCGCCGCCUCCUUAUUCAUCCGGCUGUUUACAAAUGGGCCACUCCGUCCACCUCUCUCAGCCUUCUGGAUUUUUGGUGUCAGCCCCGUAUUUUUCCUACCCUCUCCACUCCGAAUCGCCUACACCUGGAAAAAAUGUUCCUGAUUUUAGUCCGAGCUGAAAGGAGUUUUUAAA